AUGACCGAGGAACAGCUCGUAGCCAAGUAUAUCGGCAGUUUGAAGUACUCAAUUCAAGAGAAAGUGACCAUCCACAAGGUGUAUUUCGUGGACGAAGCCUACAAUAUGGCUCUGAAGGCGGAAAGAUUAGCCUCUAAGGCGUUACCUUUCAAACGAGCCGAACAGGGAGGCUCGGUCGAGAAGGCGAGAGUGUCAAAGGUCUUGGUAAAUCACUUGAAACUACCGAUCGAUACCAAACCUGUGCCUUACACCAUCGUAUGGAUCAAAAAAGUCCCCUUUGUGAAGGUGACCGAAGUAUGUCGCGUGCCACUAUCACUAGGAAAGACUUAUAGUGAUUUUGUAGCUUGUGAUGUUGUGGAUAUGGACGCGUGUCAUGUCUUGUUAGGACGACUGUGGAAAUAUGAUGUCGAUGCUAAGCAUGGCAGCAAGAAGAACGAAUACUCGCUCGCAUGGAUGAGCAAAAAGAUUAUUUUAGCACUAAUUCCACCCUCCCCAAAGAGCCCAAAGAAUCAAAAAUCCAAACAUGUUUCUAUUUGCAACAAGGGAGAAUUUCUAGCCGGAUCAAAGGAGCUAAAACAGAGGUUUGCUUUAGUCGUUAAAGAAGUAGUGAAGACUCUCGUUGAGGUUCCAGAGAAGAUAAAUCCGCUACUUAAGGAGUUCGACGUGUUGGUUCCCGAGGAGCUGCCAGAUGGUCUUCCACCCAUGAGAGAUAUUCAACACCAUAUUGAUUUCAUCCCGGGUUCAGUGCUUCCUAAUCUUCCUUAUUAUCGUAUGAACCCGCAGGAGAAGAAGAUUUUACAAGACACCAUUGAGGACCUCAUCAAAAAGGGCCACUUCCGAGAGAGCAUGAGUCCAUGCAAUUUUAGCUCUAUAGUUGCCCCCAUGACGAAUUGCUUAAAGAAGAAGGGCGUUUUUGAAUGGACGGAUGCAGCAAAUGCGGCUUUUACCUUUAUCAAGGAGAAGAUUACCACUGCACCGAUCUUGGCGUUUCCGAAUUUCGACAAGCUCUUUGAGCUUGAAUGUGACACAUGUGGUGUCGGUAUUGGAGUCGUCAUCUCUCAAGAGAAGCGUCUCAUUGCUUUCUUGAGUGAGAAGUUAAAUGAAACCCGGCAGAAGUGGAGUACUUACGAGCAGGAGUUGUAUGUUGUUUUUCGUUCUUUGAAGACUUGGAAGAGCUACCUCAUUGCUAACGAUUUCUUAGUAGUUGACAAUAAGGUUCCUGAUGCUUUGAGUCACCGGGUAACUUUGUUAAGCAUAUUGCGAGGUGAAGUUGUUGCUUUUAACAAUUUGAAAGAGCUCUAUGUUGAUGAUGAAGACUUUCAGGAGGUUUGGGCCAAGAAGACACCUCGACAUCUCCAAGACUUGUUGAAGUUGCCGACAAGUGGUAAGGUCAACGAGGCCGCAAGUUCAAUGACCGAGAAUGCUUUCAAUAUACAGGAAGAAAUGCGUACAAAGCUUGAGACAACCAAUGCAAAGUUCAAGUCGCGAGCGGACAAGAAAAGGCGACUCAAGAUAUUCAAUGAAGGAAACAUGUUGAUGGUUUAUUUACGGAAGGAACGACUACCGGCUGAAACAUACAGCAAGCUUAAGCCGAAAUGUUAUAGGCCGUUCAAGAUUCUCAAGAAAAUCAACGAUAAUGCAUAUGUAGUAGACCUUCCAGAAGGAAUGACUAUGUCGGCGACAUUUAAUGUGGCGGAUAUUUCUGACUAUCAUCCUUCAAUCAAGUUGAAUUCAAGUGAUGAGAACUCAGAGAUGAGUUCUUCCGAAGAAGGAGGGACUGAUGCAAGAGAUCAAGGCUCAUCGGUAUCGAAACGAUAUCCGAUCGGCCUUCUUCGUUUCUACGUCUGCGACAGUAGCACUACAAUUGAGACAUAUUAG